AUCCCACAACCCUUGACGUUUCUCCGUACUAUUGCUCGAGCUGUGACCGUGGAGUCUCCAAGGAAGAUUAUUCCAGCUGUGUGGUUCUGAGGGUUCUCCUGUUCUGGGAUCUGACCCAGUUAUCUCUCAGCAACUGCUACAGGCAAAGUCAAGAAAUAAUCUUACCUUUAGAUCCAGAAACUCGAAACAGAAACUCUUGCUCUUUUCUUGAACGAAACACCGGCAAAAUGAUGGAGGACUUCAACAGUGAGACUGAUAGUGACUAUACCAGUUACUGGAGAGAUUGGUUCAUCUCCUCUCGUGGAAACGAGUACUUCUGCGAAAUCGAUGAGGAAUAUUUGACCGAUCGCUUUAACCUUACUGGCCUCAACACUGAGGUGCCAUACUAUCAGUAUGCGCUGGAUCUGGUGACUGAUGUGUUUGAUCUGGAUGCGGAUGACGACCUACGCGAACAGAUUGAAAAGUCGGCACGUCAUCUCUAUGGACUUGUCCAUGCAAGAUACAUUGUCACCACUCGUGGUCUUGCUAAGAUGGUCGACAAGUACAAGAAGGGCGACUUCGGCAAAUGCCCCCGUGUUAUGUGUGAAGGUCAGCCACUUCUGCCUAUGGGCCAGCAUGACAUCCCAAACAUGAGCACUGUCCGGCUUUACUGCCCCAAAUGCGAAGACCUUUACAACCCCAAGUCCUCUCGCCAUGCUUCCAUCGACGGUGCCUAUUUUGGAGCUUCUUUCCCUAGCAUGCUUUUCCAGGUUUACCCAGGCUUGGCCCCUGAAAAGAGCACCAGCCGUUACGAGCCUCGUAUUUACGGAUUCAGAGUUCACGCCGCUGCGGCGCUAGCACGCUGGCAGGAUCAGUACCGCGAGGACAUGAAGACGCGCCUUCGUGAUGCUGGGAUGGAAGUCAAGUACGUCGAAGACGAGGAAGUGGAGGAUGACGAGGAUGACGAUGACGAAGACCAGAGCUUCGAGCCGAAGGAGCGGGUUGCGGGUGACGCUGCCUCUGGACGUAUGGAUAUGGGCAUUUGAGUGACCAUUCUUCGAUUUCUAAUGUUCUCUGGUUUUCACGAUACCAUGCUCACCAUGCCUUAACCGCUCCUGAC